AUGCACUUUUUUCAACUACUCUUCGUCUCGCUUGCCACUGGGGUGCUGGCAGUGAAAACUUCGAGUUGUCCUCUGUUUUCUUCUUCAAUAACGGCAUUCUCUUCUGGAUUCAAACAGCCAGAUCCUCCUGUGAUAAAGGCCGAGUACGAGACCAACUUUGUCCAACAUAAAUGGAAUCAAAAUCUGACACAUAUCACGACUGGCUUUAUCAAUAAUUCGCAAUCCCAGGAUUUUGUUCGGGUGGAUGAAGCCUACAAUGGUAGUCUGGCCUCAUCCUACUUCGAUUACGCCAACUGUACUGAAGAAGGAUUGGUGGAUAACAUUCUGACCACCUAUAGCCAUGACUCCCAGGAGCCAGUCAUAUGGAGGGGCUACGUUAACUCGAACUUUCCUCUGUUUCCUGAAGACAUACUAGUCAAAAAUGAGGCUGUUUUUGGUGGACUGGUCCGGCGACAAUUCAACGAUGACCCUGUGGCAGCUUGGAAUAUCAUGUACCAGGGGGUGAUUCCUGUAACAGUCUACGUGAGCAACUGCAAUAUCAUGGUUGGAUACGACUACUUUUCUCCCGAAUUGCGCACCAGAGUUGUCACUGAGUACUUCAAUAUCCAAGCUUAA